AUGAACUUCUUGCUCGAGGAGGAGGAGAAACUGGCGACGCUGGACGAGCUCAUCGCCUUCAUCGAGUGCUCGGGCCAAUGCUCCGACAUCGAAGACUGCUUCCUCGGCGAAGACACUGGCGGCGCGUCCCCUGUGGCAGUCGAUGGAUCAGGCAGUGGAGACUGCUACCCCCUGGGCUCAGACGAGUCCUGCAAACAGAAGAAACCCUCCAAGCGGCGGAGGAAACGCACGGGCUGGAGCUCGUCCACGGGUCUGCAGCGACGCAAGCGAGCGGAGCUGCAGUUCCUGCGGCAGCACGUGCUCCACCUCGAGACGUAUCUGGAGCAGCUGAAGACGCCUCCUACUGCGGGUAUCGACGCGGACGCUUCGUCUACGGGGCAGGACCUCGCUAUGGCGGAGCUCCUGAAACGAGCGCAGGCCGAGGAGAUCAACCGCUUGCUCAAGACCAUUAUGAACAACCAGCUCCAAAUCCACGACGCGCUGAAGAACGUCUUCGAAGAGAGCGCCAUUUCUACCAACAACUCCUUUUUAGCGACACCAGACGACGAUAUAUGA